AACUGUUCAGUAGUAGCAAAUUACCUGUUGAUACCAGCAUAAUGAGUGCCAUAAAAGGUGUUGUCAUUGUUGGAUUCUUGGUAGCUGUUGUUUGGUCAAAGCAGUUGACCUUUCACAACUUUAAGGUAUUUAGUGUUCAAGUCGAAAAUGAAGAUCAACUGAAAGCUUUGCAAGCUUUAGAAAGUGUGGGACAUGAAUAUGAUGGAUUUACGUACUGGAAGGAACCAAUUAUCGGUAGAAAUGCUGAUCUAGUAGUGCCACCCAAUAUGAUAAACGAAUUCAAUGCUCUUGCCAGUAAAUUGAAAUUGAAUUACACUCUGAAAAUAUCAGACAUUCAACGAUUGAUAGACGCCGAAACACCCGAACAACAGCCACGCGAAUCUUUUGGAUGGGAAAACUAUCAUACGUUGGACGAAAUAAAUGCUUGGUUAGAUGGGCUUGUAGAAUUAUAUGACGAUAUUUUGUCAGUUCACCAUGUCGGUUAUUCCUAUGAAAACCGUGAAAUUCGGGCUUUUAAGUUGUCGCAUAAGGAAAAUUCAGCAGCGAUAUUGAUAGAAGCUAAUAUUCAUGCGCGUGAGUGGAUUUCAUCAGCUACUGCAACUUGGCUGCUUAACGAACUUUUAACUUCGACGGAUCCGGCGGUUGUUGAUAUCGCAACGAAUUUUGACUGGUACUUCAUACCAGUUUUGAAUCCAGAUGGAUUCGCUUAUACCAAACGAACGAACCGAUUGUGGCGAAAAUCGCGAUAUCCUCAUUCUCAUUUGUGCUACGGUGUUGAUCUUAAUAGAAAUUUCGACUUCAUGUGGAUGCAUGUAGGAGCAUCAUCAAACCCAUGCUCAGAUACAUUUGCUGGCCCAGAACCGUUCUCCGAUCCAGAGACAAAGGCCCUGUCCGAGUUCAUGACGGCUCACAUUGACGAAAUUAAACUUUUCAUCACAUUCCAUUCAUACGGUCAAUACAUUCUGACACCAUUCGCUUAUACCUACGAUCCGGCAGAUAAUUACGAGCAACUCAAGCAGAUAGGGAAUGCUGGAGCUGAUGCUAUUCGGACUCGGUAUGGUACGAACUAUGUUGUUGGUAGCUCGUCUGAGGUUUUGUACAUGAAUUCUGGAAGUAGCCGAGACUGGAUCAUGGGUGUAAAUAAAAUAAACGCGUCCUUUACUAUCGAGUUGAGAGAUCAAGGUAAUUACGGCUUCAUUCUUCCACCGGAACAAAUAAUUCCGAAUUGUUUGGAAAUAUUCGAUGGACUGAAAGCUAUGAUCGGCGAAUGCCGAACCAUUGGAUACUUGUAGUUGCUCAAAUUGAAAUACAGAAUUUAGAUUA